AUGGCGCCAGCACAGAGCAAGCCGACGCUGCUCACAAUUCCACGGGAACUGCGGGACAUCAUAUACGGUUACACCUUCACGCGUGUGGUCAGGCUCCGAAGUCCCGAGCUGCGCAAACAAAUCAGAGAGCAAUACGAUACCCCCCUCGACAGGUCCAAAUAUCGAGAUACGAACGCCGGCAUCCUGCUUGCCUGCAAACAACCCCACGAUGAAGCUCUCAGCCUCUACUACAGCUGUAGUAUCUUCCUCAUCAACGAUGCACGCCGGCUGCGUAGCUGGGCACUCCACACCAAGAUCAAGUCCGAGCUGGUCCACCGCAUCAAGACAAUUCGUAUCUGCCACCGCCGAGAGGGCUGGUGGCCAUUCGUGGACCGGCUGAAUCGCGUGCGAUCUCAUCUGGAGGGACUGCACGCGAUGUCCAACAUGAUAGAGACAGUGGCAGUCAAGAUCUAUUUUGGCGGUCGCCUAUCGAGGUCUGACCAGAACGCAGAGGCGAACGAGGAGAGCUAUAAGUACGACUCAUCCGAUGAACUCUGGGUGCCGGUCGGCCACGAGGCUAUGAGCGCGUGGGAACAGUGCUGGGAUACGGAGCUGGCCAGUUCGAUCUACUAUUAG